AUGUCUUCUCGCACCGCUAAAAUUGAUGACCUUCAGCGAAAUAUUGUUCAGCCCACAGACGCCAGUAGGAAUUAUCUGACUACAGACCAUGGCGUCAAAGUGUCCGACACCGAUAACUGGCUGAAGAUUUCAGACGGAACCCACAUCGGACCUCACCUUCUUGAAGAUCAAAUUGGUCGUGAAAAAAUAUCUCAUUUCGACCACGAGCGUAUUCCCGAACGCGUCGUGCACGCUCGUGGCGCCGGUGCUUUUGGCUAUUUCAAGCUUUUAAAUGAUCAUGCGGCCAAGUACACUUCUGCGCCUGUGCUCACCGACACUUCAUGCACGACGCCCGUGUUUGUGCGCUUUAGCACUGUCCAAGGCUCUCGUGGGAGUGCUGAUACAGUCCGAGACGUCCGUGGAUUCGCGAUCAAGUUCUACACGCAGGAAGGAAACUGGGAUAUUGUCGGCAACAACAUGCCCGUCUUCUUCAUUCAGGAAGCAAUUAAAUUCCCAGAUUUCGUUCAUGCAGUCAAACCUGAACCUAAUAACGAAGUUCCGACUGGGCAGAGCGCGCACAACAACUUUUGGGACUUUGUUGGACUACAGCCAGAAGCGGCUCACAUGGUUAUGUGGGUCAUGUCAGACCGCGGCACUCCACGCUCGUUCAGGAUGAUGCAGGGUUUUGGAGUCAAUACGUACACGCUCUUCAAAGAAUCAGGCGAGCAAUACUUCGUGAAGUUCCACUUUAUUCCGGAGCUCGGUGUCCACAGUCUCAUGUGGGACGAGGCCCUCAAAGUUUGCGGUCAAGACCCAGACUUCCAUCGCAAAGACCUCUUCGAUGCCAUCGACAGUGGCUGCCCGGCGAAGUGGAAAUUCUGCAUUCAAGUGAUACCUCAAUCCAGGGAGCAUGACUUCGAGUUCGAUAUUUUGGACGCCACGAAAAUUUGGCCAGAAGAGCUUGUUCCCCUUGAAGAGAUUGGAGAGUUAGUUUUGGAUCGUAACGUCGAUGAGUAUUUCCCGCAGGUUGAGCAGGCAGCGUUCUGCACCUCGCACGUCGUGCCCGGUAUAGGUUUCAGCGACGAUCCUCUCCUACAGGGCCGGAACUUCUCGUAUCUCGAUACGCAGAUCACGCGGUUGGGUACCAAUUGGCAGGAGCUCCCUGUAAAUCGCCCUAUCUGCCCUGUUCUCAAUCAUCAGCGCGACGGUCGAUUGCGGCACCGAAUAACGUCUGGUAGCAUCAACUACUGGCCCAAUCGCAAGGACCUUCUGCCGCCUGUUCCUCCAAAGGAUGGUGGUUAUCAUACAUUUCCUGCAAAGGCGGAAGGUAUGAAACAACGCAUCCGCGGCGCAAAAUUCCAAGAGCACUUUGACCAAGCACAGCUGUUCUUCAAUUCUCUCUCGGCUCACGAGCAACAGCACCUCAUCAAUGCCAUCUCCUUCGAACUCGACCAUUGCGACGAUCCUGUUGUGUAUGAGGGAUAUAUCAAGGUUCUGAAUUCCAUCAAUUUCGGACUUGCCAAGAAGGUUGCUAUGAACGUUGGUGGUGUCAUCCCUGACAAGCCAGCGAAGCAAGGCCAUGGAAAGAAGAGCAAGGCGCUCUCACAGGGCUACUACAUGCCAAAGGAACCUACCAUCGCAACUCGUCGUAUCGCGGUUUUGGUUGCUGAUAACUUCAAUCUCGAUGAAGUGCGGGCCGUUCGCACGGUUCUCGAGAGUCUCAAGGCUUUGACGCUUGUCAUCGGCCCUCGUCGUGGAGAAAUCUAUCCGGAGGGCGCCAAACACGAACCAGGCAAAGGAUUGGCCGCCGACCACCAUUAUGAAGGCAUGCGGUCGACCUUGUUCGAUGCUGUGUAUAUCCCGUCUGGCAAUCAUGCAUCGCAAUUGGCAGGGAAUGGGCGAGCAAUACACUGGAUUCGCGAGGCGUUCGGGCACUGCAAAGCCAUCGGAGCUGUUGGUGAAGCUGUCCAUUUCCUCCGCCACUCCGUUCAGCUACCCGGCAUCGAUUUCGUGGACGACGACAGUGCGGUAGUCAAAUGCUCCUACGGAGUCGUUACCACAGGUCAUUACCAUGCCAAGCCAGCGGACACGCUCCAAAUCGGUCCGGACAAGGCGGAGUUUGUGGCCAGCUUCGCGUUUGCUGUCAGCCAGCACCGGUGCUUUGAACGGGAAAUGGAUGGGCUGACCGCGAAAGUCGCUUUUUGA